CUUAUAAAAAGCCACAGCUCUUAGUCAGCACUUAUUGUUAGUGGAACCCCGAAAAUGAGAGCUUGCUUGCUUUAUUUAUGCAUUUUCACUCUUGUACAGAGUUUUUGUGCGCAAACUGCUUUCCAGCAAAGAAAAUCUCAGGAAAUACUGUCCAGGAUCAUUUUUGUUUGCCAACGUGAAUUGAAUUUGAAAAAAUUGGACACCGAAUCGAAAUCCAACAAACGGGUUGAUCUAAACAGUUCAGCAAGUGGCAAGGGUGAUGCCUCAGCUCGAUCAUCAUCCAGCAUCAACAUUAGAAAUGGUGGCCGCGUUUUGAGCAUUUCGAACAAGGUGGAUCUGGGGCGCCUACCUAAAAGACCAAGCAACGGCAAAAACGAUCAAUCUUCCGUUGACAGUUCGGUAUCUGUCAAUCUUGGCGAUUCAUUAUACGAUAAUAAUUCAUUACAAAAACUUUUUGGGAACAGUAUAAACAAAGUCAACGGAAUUAGAGUUCCUCAACCUAGAUCAGCUCCGAAAAAGAAGCCCAGCCCAAUAUCGAUAUCAAUUGGUGAUAACAACGCCAAUAAUCAAGUCAUUCAGGAGGAUAAUCAACCCACCCCUGCACCCACUCUGUUGUCCCUUUUAGGCGGCAAAGUCCAACCGAGAUCAUCCGGGUUUUGGGGAGCAGCGGCUGCAGUUCCACAUCCAAAUGGACCAUCAGAGCAGAAGUUGCUAGAUAACUCAUAUCUAUUGGCCAAAUGUAUUAUUGACAAGCCAAUUUUUAAAAAAUUACCCUUCUUGUGAAAGUUUGCAAAAGAAGUUGUAAAAAUUUUUAACAUUUGUUUGUUUUCAAUGAUUUUAAAUAAACUUUUUUCAUAAGAACUGAAAUCAGAAAA